UUAGCCGGCUUACAGGCGACUUUAAGCCGCUGCAGACAUUUUUUGUCAAACCGGCGAUAAUAUUUGUCGGCGCAGGGCUCUGGCUCGAAUUCUUUGAUGUUUUUUCAUUCAACCGGUGUUUUUGUUUUGGGUUGCAAAAUUUGUUAGAUUCAUUUUUCUGUUCGUGAAUUUUGGAAUUUAAUCUCUAAAUAUGAUUAAGAACGCUGUAUCUCUUGUUACUGGUGGAGCCUCUGGCUUGGGCCGUGCUACCGUUGAACGUUUGGCCAAACAGGGAGCCCGUGUUGUAUUGGCUGAUUUGGGCAGCUCCAAGGGCAAUGAAGUUGCCAAAGAGUUGGGUGACAAUGUUGUUUUUGUUCCUGUGGAUGUUACUUCUGAAAAAGAUGUCACAGCUGCUGUGCAAACUGCCAAGGAUAAAUUUGGUCGUUUGGAUUUGGCUGUAAAUUGCGCCGGUACUGCCACCGCCAUCCGUACCUACAACUUUAACAAAAACGCUGCCCACAAAUUGGAAGAUUUCACCCGUGUACUAAUGGUCAACACUGUUGGUACCUUUAACGUAAUUCGUUUGUCCGCUGGUCUUAUGGGCACCAAUGAACCCAACCAAGAUGGCCAACGUGGUGUUAUUGUCAACACUGCUUCCGUUGCUGCCUACGAUGGUCAAAUUGGUCAAGCUGCUUACUCUGCUUCCAAGGCAGCUGUUGUUGGCAUGACUUUGCCUAUUGCUCGUGAUUUGAGCACCCAAGGUAUUCGUAUCUGCACCAUUGCUCCUGGUCUCUUCAAUACUCCCAUGUUGGCUGCUCUCCCCGAAAAGGUGCGCACCUUCUUGGCCAAGUCCAUCCCCUUCCCCCAGCGUUUGGGUGAACCAUCUGAAUAUGCCCAUUUGGUUCAGGCCAUCUAUGAAAAUCCUUUGAUGAAUGGUGAAACUAUCCGCAUUGACGGUGCCCUCCGCAUGCAACCUUAAGCUACUAAGUUCUAACACAAGUCCUUUGAUGUUAUUUGCCAAGCAAAAUAACUCCAGUGUUUUUAAAACGAAAUUUUAAAGGAUCAUUAAGCAAAAUUUAAUAAAUAUAUUUUCAUAUAAAGUCAAUCAUCAAAAAUGAAUUGUCAUCAUCAUAAUCUUAUCAACAUUAUAAUCAAGCAAAAA